AUGUAUUAGAAGGUUGUAAAUUUGAUACAAGUUGCUGAUAUGUUUGGAGCAGAUAUAACAUUGAAUAUUUAAAAUAAAGGAAAGUUUACUUCUAUUUUCGGAGGCUUCAUGAGUUUGGUGGUGUGGUUUGUGAUGCUUUACGUGUUUAUAUCAUAAGGAGUAGAUUUGAUUAAUAGAGUAGAUUAACAAGCUGUCACUCGAACGAUAAAUGACAUUUCUCCGAAUGCCAGAGUUCUCAAUAUCUCUAAUUUUAUGAUAGGCAUUAAGCUGGAUGACCCUUUAUAAACUUUAUUAAAUACCACAAAUUAGACGAUGUUUAACAUUACUGUUUAUUAGAACAAUAUUACAACAUUUCCAAAUAAAACAAGAAUCAAAUCACUUAAUACAAAUCUAAUUCUAGAGUAAUGCACUAGUUAACACUUUUAAUCCUUAGAUUUGAUAUCAGAUUCUGAUUAAGUAGAAACUUUUACUAAUUAUUAUUGUUUACCUCUAAAUUACUCGUUUGUUUUGGAGGGUACAUAUAAUUCCUAGCAUUUUUAAUACACUUAAAUCAAAGUCUCAACUUGCAAAAACUCAAACCAAUGUUUUACCGCUGAUUAAUUGAAUUUAUUAUCAGAACGACAAACAUUUAAAUUAUCUACUUUGAUGUUUACAACAAUUAUAAAUCCAUUCUCUAAUGAUGCAAUAAUAUCUCAAUAACUUUUUUAGGAUUUUUAUUAAUAAUCUACAAAACUUUAAGAAUAGGUAUCUGAUAUAUUUUUGGAACCAAAUACUCUAGAGAUUGAUAAUUCUGUUUUUCCUUUUUAAGAAGAUUCUUUCUUUGGAGAAUUUUGGUCAUUUCGUUUGGGAAAUAUCAGAAGUUUUAUUAAUGACUAUGCUGAACCAACUAGUUAUUUUACAGUAAACCUUAGGAUUUCUUCGGAAUAUUAUUCUUCCUUUAUAUCUUUUAAGAAAUUUGGUGAUUUCAUUUCUUUCAUAGGAGGAACCCUAAAAGUUAUCACUAGUUUAAUUGGUAUUAUUGUCAUUAAGUAUAAUAUAAUUGGAUUUAAAUUAAUGCUAGCUAAUACUCUAUAUUAGUGUAAAUUGGAUGAUGUUUCAAAAUCUCAAAAGAAGGCUGAACAAAAUGAUAUUUUCAAAUUUAUAUAAAAAGAAAAAGAAAAAGCAGAAGCUAUGUUACAAAAGUUCAGAGGAUCUACAAAAAAAUUAUUCUAAUUUAAUAAAGUCACAGGAAUUUUCAAAUCUUAAAGAUUUUCUUAAAUCUAUAAAUCUGAUGCAGAUUUACUCAAAGACGUUCAGUAAUAGCAUAAUCCAAAAGAGAUAGAUUCAGUAAAAUUAGAACCAACAACUCACGAAUAUAAAUCAAUAGAUCAUCUUAAAGAUGCUUUCAUAUAAAGUAUGGUUGAACAAUUGCUUAUGGCUAAUGAGAAAAUAAAGUUAGGAUUGAAUUUUAUCGUCUAUUAUCUUUCUUGUUUCAGGCAUUUUAAAAGAUAUAAAAGGAUUUAUAUAGUACUUCAAAAAUCGACAAUUAAUAUUAAUAAUGACCUGGACAUUGUUCUAAUCCUACAAAAGCUCUAAGAGAUAAAUAAAAUAAAGCAAAUUUUACUUGAUGAGCAUCAGUUGCAACUUUUUAAUUAUAUUCCACAACCAAUAAUCACAUGGGAUGGGCAUUAAGUUUAAAACUCACAAUAAUCAAAGAAUUCAAUAGCUAAAUUAAAUGUAAUUGGUAAAGUGUCUAAAUAUGAUACAAGGAGUAAAAUGCUAAAAUUAUUUAGAGCGUACUAAGAAGUACAAAUAGAUGAAAAUGAAAAAUAAAUUAAUUCUCGGCUUGUAGAUUAUCUGGGACCAGUUGUUUAAAAAGUUUUUCAGUAAUCUCAUUAAAUUACAGAAAACUAUAAUAAAAUGAAAUAAGAAGAAUAAAAUCAUAUCAAAAGUACAAAACGACCUACUCUAAAUACUAUUAAUUUAACUCAGAAUGAUUAAACAAGGAUUUAUGGUCCAAACUAUCUGUUAUCAAAAUCAGAUGCAAUCGAAAUGGAAGAUAUUACAUAUGAGUGA